AUGGCCAGUAAAACAUUUACUAAAAAAAACAAUUUUCAUGUAAAAAGAGGUAAUAAAGAAACACAGAGUAAAUUAGUCGAUAAAUUACAACAAGAAUUGGAAAAAGAUUUAUUAAGAAAUAUAUAUUCAAACGUUCACACUUGUAAAGCAGAAGAAAAUAUCAUAAAUCAUUUAUACAAAACGAAAAAUAAUUAUUCAUCAUUUGGAAAAAUUGAAAAUUUAAUUUCGCCCGAUUCUGAAACGUUUUUCACUCCGAAAUCCUCACCAUCGGAAUUUCAAAAACCAUUUUUUCCAGGAGGAGGACCUUGUCGCGAAUUGAACAUAAAUGAAAAUAAUAAUUUUGUGUCUUAUUAUAAAAUUGUUUCCGUUGAUGAUGACAUUCCAGAAAAUAUCAAUGAUAAUAAUAAUAGUAAUAGUGAAAGGGGAAAAAAUUUAUUGGAACGAGAAUUAGCCGAACAAGACGAAUUAUUAUUAUCAUUUAAAACAAUAUUAGGUCUUUUAAACUCUAGUCAUUCAACCAAAAAAAUCAAACCAAAGGUAGUUCGUAUAUAUCGAAAAAUUGAAUCCAAUAAUAAUAAUAAUAAUAUUAUAAAUCAAACGCGUGAUAAAAAAAUAAAAUGUAAAUCAUCACCGUUAUGGAAGACUGACUCCGACAUUGAUGAAUUAUCAAAUCCCGUCGAUAAGGAAGAGAUUAAAAAUUUUUACGUGAAACCUAAAGACAAAGCGAAUAAUAAUUCGACAAAAGGAAACGUUGAGAGAGAAAAUUUAGAUUUUCAUUCGGAUAUGGAUGUUAGCGUAACAGGUAUCGAUUCGGGUUUGGACACGAGUUCAAUAUGUCACCCGGAAAUAAGUCCGAGAGAAAAUACGACGUCGGAAACUUCGGGCGUCGAUUUAACGACGUCAACUUUAAACGAUGAUGACAUAAUAAUUCCUAAUGAUGAUAAUGAUAAUGAUUUAUGUAAAAAACAAGAAUCGAAUAGAUCAUCGCUAACGUCCGAAGAUGAUACUUGGGAUGGAAACGACAAAGAAAUGACUCUCUAUAAUAAUAAUGAUGAUGAUGAUGAUUGCUCUCUCGAACCAUUUCGUAAAAAUAUGUACGGCGGCGGGAGGGAUUCAAAAAUGGGGAAAAAUAAUUUGAACGUUGAUGAAAUGAAUAGAUUAGAUGAAAUGGAAAAAAAUAUAAGAAAUUGUGAAAUUUUUCUUUACAUGGAAAGAAAAGAAUCGUCGAGUUCAUCACGUGAGUAUCCCGUUCGCCCGGAACAAAACGAUAAAGAGAGUAAGAAAACCAUUUCCGAGUGUUUUAAUAACGAGGAUGUUGUGAAAGUGAAAAAUGAUUGUUUCGAAGAAAAGCCGAUAAUAUUUUCCGCACCCGAAUUGUUAUUGCACACUAAUAAAAAUAUAAAAUUAAAAAAUAUUGAUGACGUGACGAAUCAAAAGGAAAAUUUCACAUUUGGUGACCGUGAUGAAAAAAAACCAAGUACGGACGUUAUAGAAAAUUUAAAUAAUGAUAUUGUUAAUCGAAUAACUCAAAGUGAAAUUGUUGCGAAUGAUGACGUCGAGGAAAAAGAAUCGGAAAAUGUGGGUUUCGAUCCUGGUUUUGAUGUGGCAUUCGAUCUAUCCGGAAAAAAUGUCGAUAAUAAUUUAAAACGGGGGGAAAUGGAAGAGAGUAAAACGCCUCCUUGCACUCCGAAAAAAUUAAAAAUCGAAAAGCUGGAUGAUUUUGAAACGAGUGAAAAAAUGAAAUUUCCCGAUUUGGAAAUGCACAAUUGGGAAAAUUCUUCUUCGGCGGGAGUGAGUAAUUAUUUUAUCGAUGCUUCGAGUUUACUCGACGAAGAUGAAAUAAUAUCACCUCCCAUUUCUUUGAUCAAUUAUAAAUCCGUGCAAAAUUCGGAUGUGGAUGAACCCGCGGUCACGAACGGCGGAGAAGAGUCUCAAACGUCAAAAACGGUUGUAACAAAUUUUUACGAGCCCGUCGAAAAUUUCGAAGAAAAAAAUUGUUUUUCAAUAAUGAAAGAAAAAGAAAGGGAGCAGGGUAAUUUAAUUUUUCAAAAUUCGAUUCCACAUUUUUCAAAGCACGAACUAGACAAUAAUAAAAUAAUAAACGACGAAAGACUGAAACCGAAUGCGGAUAAAAAAAAAAGCGAUGAAGAUGACGACAGCGAACAAGUCGUUCCAUCAUCAUCGAAUAUAUCGGCUAAUUCUUACGAAUUCGAUACUACAGAGAAUACGAAUAAAUUACAGAUGGCGCCCGAAUUGAAUUUUUCCGUGGAAACGCAUUUUUUCCAACCUCUUGCACGGGCAGAAGAAUACAAUGGUUCAAACAAAAGGAGAGAAAACGGACAUGGAAACGAUGAUAAAAAUUUUAAAAUCUCAUAUGGCUUAAAAGGAAAUGAAAAAACGGAGGACAAAACUAGCGAAGAACAUUUCGUAUCGAAUUCCUCCAAUUCGGUCAUCAAUGAAAAUUAUUACAAUUCGUCAAAUAAUGAUGAAUUCGAAUCACGUGAUGAGAAAAACAAUUUGGAAAAAAAUAUGAAAUGUGAAAUUUUAGAUCUGAAAGAUAACCUUUGUCGAAGUCAAGGAGAAGCUUGGAUUGUUGAAUUUGACGAUAGUAAAAAGUCAAAGAGCAAAAAUCAAAACGGUUCUGAUUUUAUGUUAAACGUAGGAGCUAAUAAUAAAGAAAUGGAAAAUGACGAUAAAUUAUCCCCGGCGUUAAUUAACGAGUCGGAAACGGAAAAAAACGAACCGUUGGCUAAAUUUUUAACGGAUUUAAAAGAGUCGAAAAAUGAUGCGCCCGUGGAAAAAAUCGCGUCCGCGUCAAAAUUAAAAGGAGGAUUCCCCGUGGAAAAAAGUAGUUCUUUCGGUUACUUUUUAGACUUUAGCAAUCAGAAAAUGGUCGACGUUGAAAAAAAUCGUCCCGAAAACAAUCAAAAUGAAAACGGGAUUGAAAAAAAGAACAACAUGUUUUCCAUGUUCAUCGACAUAGAUGGUAACACGCAAGCGUCUACGAGGAAAAAACCAAAGAACGUCAUCGAAAAACAAAAAACGUUUGAAAAAGCGUUCGAAGAAUCUGGUAAUAAUACUUCGUCGGUCGGGGACAGCCUCGAAAGUCAAGAUGAUAUGAAAAAGUCUUUCUACAUGUUUAUCGAAUCGGAUUCACCUAAUGUCAAACGUAAGGCACCUCCGAAGAAAAUCAUGAAACCUUCAACGGACAAUGGAUUGCACGAUAGUUUGACGAGCCUGAAAUUUCAUUCCAAAAAUGAAAAACACACAACGGCAAAUAUUCCAUGUAACGAAAAUAAAGAAUUUGAUUUUAAUCAUAGAGGAGCCGAAGAAAAUGUAAGUAGAUCCAAAGCGGCACAAUUCGAAACGAAAAUGGUAAUAAACAGCAGGCCACAAGAGAGUUGGUUAAAUUCCAAAGAUAUUCAAGUUAAUUAUAAAAUUAAAAACGAAAAUGAAAUCAAAGAGAUACCCAUAAAAAAAGAAUCAACAUUCACGAUGGAAGAGUACAAAAGCAAGUACAAAGAAAAACCGCCACCUGUUACGUCAUCGAACGAACAAUCAACGGGUUCGAAAACAUGUGAAAAAAAUUACGAGUCCUUUGUGAAACUCUCCGACAUGGAUUGCACGAGUUACAGCAGCAGGACAAAGCAAUCGUCGAGUGAUAGAAUGUCGCAGAGCAUAAAAGAAAAUGGUAGUAAAAAAGAAUACGUUGGUAAAACGACUCACCUCAGCAGAUCCAUCGGGAACGAAGGGAGGAAGUCGGAUUCGUCGUCUAACGUCUACGUCAAUCGAUCCCUUACUCGGUUAUUUCCCAACGUGAGCGUUCAUUCCCUCGCAAGUCUGUGCAGGCGAAACGAUGAGGAAGAAGAAAAAUUGAAGAAAGAACAAAGUUACACUCGAUCUCUUGAAUAUUCUGAAACGACAAAUAGUCUUCAAAGUAGCAUCGAACCAUCGGCUUUAGGUAUCCUACACAUAAGCACUUCGGAAACUGACGUGUCUAGUUACGGAGGAGCCAGGACGAGGUUAGGAAGGGAUUUAUUGAGGAUGUUUAUUGAAGAAAUCGGAACGGAUGUCACUAUAGAUGUCGCGGGACGGAGAAUAAAAGCUCACAAAUGUAUUUUAAGUUCGAGGUGUCAAUAUUUUGCAGCGUUGUUAAGUGGCGGGAAAGUGGAAAGCGCGGGAAAUUUCAUUCCUCUGCAAGGAGAAACCGAAACGAAAAGGCGAAUGGAAACGAAUCGUUCAAAAUUAGUACCGUUUAAUUUCGAUCCGGAGUGUUUCGAAACAAAUGUCAAGAGCGAUUUAUUAUCGGACAUGAAAACAAAAUUUAUACCUUCGAGAGAGUCGUGCGGUUGGUCGCAGAUGAUGAAACAGAAAAAGAAAUUGAUUCACCGACCCCCGGUCGGAUAUCAGAAAGUGUACGCGCAACUUUUGGACCGGAGAAAAAAGAGAAAAUUACUACUCCGUAGAAUGAAAAUAAUACAAUUAAGAAAUUAUUUACACGGCGGAUACGCGAGAACGAAUUCGGAUGAUUCCGACGAGAGAAAAGUUAAAUUAAAAGAUAAAUAUUUUAUAAAUACAAAGUUCAAAGUAGGGAAAAACGAUAAAAAUAUUAAAAAAUAUAAAAAACGUAAAGAUUCAUUAGGUUCGCCUAAGCAAAAAAUAAUUAGAAUGUCUCACGAAUCAAAAUUUCACAGGCAAAUAAUUACGUCCGUUAAUAAUGUCGACAAUGAAAAAUUAUCAUUGAGUGAAGACGAGGAGGAGGAGGGAGAGGAGAAGAAAAACAUCGGGCCGAAUUAUGAAUCGUGGCUUUUGAUGAGGAGUCCCACCAGUGGAGAGAGAGAAGUUUUCCACGCGUUCUGGAAAGGAGAGGGUAAUUUAAAAUCUAUAAGAAAAGCUCAAACGAAAAUGAUGUUGUCGUUCAUGGAUCCGACGGUGGAUCCGUGUCAAGAUUUUUAUCAGUUCGCUUGCGGUAAUUGGGGUCAUAAAAAUCCCAUACCGAAAGAUAAAGCCGGAUACGACACUUUCGAAAUGCUAAGAGAAAGUCUAGAUAUAGUCCUUCAAGAUUUACUAAUGGAAGAAGAUAGCGAGUCGAUGAACGAAGCCACUCGGAAAACUAAAAAUUUAUAUCGGAGUUGCAUGAAUAAUAAAAUAUUGGAGGAGAGGAGGGAAAAACCUCUUUUGGUUCUUUUGGAAAGUCUGGGAGGUUGGCCCAUGAUCGAUUCGAAUUGGAAAUCGGAAAAUUUCGAUUGGAUUGUUUUGAUGGCGAAAUUGAGACUCUUUAACAACGACAUAUUGAUAUCCGAAUGGGUCGGACCGGAUAUAAAAAAUUCGGAUGAAUACGUUAUUCAGUUCGAUCAAACGAGUUUGGGUUUACCCACGAGAGAAUAUUUUUUAGAACCGUGCAAUUACGUUUAUUUGGAAGCGUAUAAAAAUUAUUUAAUUAAAGUAUCCACUUUGUUGGGUUCGAGUAUCGAAAAUGCUAAAUCCGAAGCGGAAGAUUUAAUGAUUUUCGAAACGGCGCUUGCGGAAAUAACGUCGAGUCCGGACGAGAGGAGAAACGUUUCGGAGCUUUACGAACGCAUGACCGUUUCGGAAUUAUGCGAUACCGUUCCCGAAAUUAAUUGGGUCAAAUACUUGACCAUAGUUCUCAACCGCGACGUUGAUCCUCAAGAACCGGUAGUGAUGUUUGCUUUAAGGUACGUUCAAGAUCUUGUGAAAUUACUGGAUCAAACCGAACCCAGAGUUAUUUCGAAUUACCUCCUUUGGAGAUUCAUCAGGCACAGAGUGAAUAAUUUGGACGAUCGUUUUCAAGAAGCCAAACAGAAUUUUUAUUACAUUCUUUUCGGAAGGGAAGAAGCGCCGCCGCGAUGGAAAAAUUGCGUGGCUCAAGUCAAUACAAACAUGGGCAUGGGUUUAGGUGCAAUGUUUGUUGCUCAGUAUUUUGACGAAAAAAGCAAAAACGACACAUUAGAAAUGACUCAUGACAUAAUGAAAUCUUUCAGGGAAAUAUUAAAUCACACGUCUUGGAUAGACGAGGAAACAAAACGACUCGCUAUACAAAAGGUUGAUGCCAUGAUGCUUCGAAUAGGGUAUCCCGAUUUUAUUUUAAAUAGGGAUUCGUUGAAUGAAAGAUACGCGGAAGUGCAAAUAGACCCGGAACUGUAUUUCGAAAAUACUUUGAACAUUUUGAAACAUUUAACGAGAGCCGAACAAGACCGUUUAGGAACUCGUGUAAAUAAAUCCAUGUGGAACACUCCACCUGCCGUCGUGAAUGCUUACUACAGCAGAAAUAAAAAUCAAAUAAUGUUUCCGGCCGGAAUACUUCAACCUCCCUUUUACCACAGAUAUUUUCCCAGAUCAUUAAAUUACGGCGGAAUCGGAGUUGUCAUUGGUCACGAGAUAACGCACGGUUUCGACGAUAAAGGCAGACUUUUCGAUCAAGAUGGAAAUCUUCACAAAUGGUGGAAAGAGCCCGCGAUCGAAGCUUUUCACGAAAGAGCUCAGUGUCUCAUAGAUCAGUACGGCAAAUACACGGUAACCGAAGUCGGAAUGCAAAUUGAUGGCGUCAACACUCAGGGGGAAAACAUUGCAGAUAACGGUGGGAUAAAACAAGCGUUUAAAGCCUACGAAAGGUGGUUGGCCGACCACGGGGAUCAAGACGAAGUUUUGCAAGGGAUAAACGCCACAAACCUGCAACUUUUCUUUCUUAACUUUGCUCAAAUAUGGUGCGGAACCAUGAGACCGGAAGCUACGAGAAAUAAAUUAAAAACGGCCGUUCAUUCGCCCGGAAAAUUUCGUGUCAUCGGUACCUUAUCGAAUUCCGAAGACUUUGCAAGAGUAUUUCAGUGUGAACCCGGUAGUCCUAUGAACCCGAUAAAAAAGUGCAGUGUUUGGUUCUCAUAUAAGGCUGUUCAUUUUGCACUCCGGUACAUCUAUAGCGGUGAAAGUCAAAUACCAGAGUCAUUAAACGUAGUGGAAUUAGCGACUUUAGCCGACAUGUUGUGCUUGGAUGGUCUUCAAGAAAUUAUCAGUUAUAAUCUCAAAGUAAAAUAUUGUCAUUCUUUUCACGUUCCCUGUUCAAUAUGUAGCGUUGGAGUAAUUGAUUGUCUACCGAUAGCGGCCGAUUACGGUUUAGAUGAGUUAUAUAGGAAAUGUUUAAGGUGGAUUACAAAAUAUUAUGUUAAGUUAUGGCCUACAAAAAGUUUUGGUAGCCUACCAAAAGAUUUGCUCGAUAAGUGCUAUCAGCAUCACACCGUGGACAACGUUUUAGAUACCAUUGUCGGAAUCGACAAAGUCCGCGGAUCUUUGCCCAACAUACGUUGGGCGGAAUCCGUGUCACGUUUGGUUAAAAAACUUCACGAUGCCGCAAUCAGAUACAUGGCUGACCAUUUUUCAACUCUUUUAAAUAGCGAAAAAUUUAUGGCUCUCGGAAAAGGAAACGGUUGGGAUGUUGGCUGCUUCGAGGAAAGCUUAGUAGAAACUGUUAAAUAUUUACCUCCGGAACAAGCUUGCUGGAGUCACGCUCAACUUCACGGGAUUAUGUCUGAACUCGAGAGACCUGAACGAGCGCACGAAUUGAACUGGAAUGAGGCAUUUUUGAAAUUAUUGCAAGUCCUCGCCGAACUUGUCGAAGCCAGUCUAAUUAAACAAGCUCCGAGAGCGGUUAAAUUAAAAGCCUGGAGACAAUUGGAACCCAAAUUAAAAAAUAAAAUACAAGAAGCGGCGUGUUUGAUAUUACCAGAAGAAGACUCGAAUUUAACUCUUCGUAAAUCCAAUUACUUAAAGAAAAACAUACAUUCGACAAAUUUAAGGCAUAGCACGGGAUCAAAACUUUUAGAUUCUAAACAAAUAAAAUUGGCCAUUUCACAUCAGGCUAAUAAAAAUCCUGCGGUUCAUCGACCCCUGAGCCUUCAAAUAGAUCAAAGGACGAAAAAAGACUCGCGUUUUAUUCCUCUCAGACCGUCGGCGUCGACGUCGAGCGUACGAAAAUCGGAACCCGUCGAAGGGAUAAGAAAAAGUCAAAGCAAGAGUCAGAUUUUGGCGAGUACAAUGACCGAACCUAGAAAAACCGUGAAUCCGCGAUAUUCUGAUGUAAAAUCAAGGUAUCUCGAACAAAAAAGUCCGCAAAAAAACAUACCUGAAAAAUCCGAUGCAAAUUUAUCGCUCAGGCAGAGAAACUUUAAAAAUUUUUCAUCCGAUUCACCGAGAAAUUACUCGCCGGCUCUCAGACCUGCAAAUAAUAAAACUGGAAUUAAUCAAUCGAAAAAAUUAAAUUCUUCAUCUUCUUCUUCUUCCGUUCGAGGUACUCGUAAUUCUUAUUUGCCAAAAUCCGAUUUGUUGAGCGACGGUAAACGAGAUAAAAGUUACGCGUCCACUCGAUCGGAAACGCCGUCCGUUAAAACGUUGGAUCGUUUGACGGGAACGGAAAACAUGUCGACGGAUUCCCUGUGCACGGAUUCUCUCCAAAGCGACAUAAUAGAUGCGAACGUUAAAUUAAGAUCCGACGAAACACAUCCUAAAAUCAAUAAGGGAAAAGAAAACAACGUUUCGGGAGAGAGAAAAUCAAACAAUUCGACGUGUCACUUCAAAUCUAAAUCCACGUCUAAUUCGCCAAUCACGAAAAGGCUCAACACGGAAAACAGAGCAACCGCAGGACGAUCCAAUUCAAAAUCCGUUCAAAAUUUUAUAAUUUCCACGAGUAAAUCGUCCUUCGAACCGGGGAAAAUUUGUUCCGGUAAUAAUAAAAAAAUGGCGAACGGAGGGAAAAUUCCCGUGAGUUCAAACAAGUUGAAAACCGGAGGAGAUUUACUAAAAUCAAACGUUUCGCAAUCGAAUAAAGGAACGAGUAAAACGUCGAGUAAAACGAAUCAAAAUUACGUCAACGGUAAUUCGAUACACGGUAGGGAAGACAUGGUCGUGGUUGUCGUCGAUUCGGAAAACAACGAGAAAAGGGAAAAUUUCGAAACGCCGUCCGCUCUCUCGAGAUCGGGAACUUUUCUCAAGGGUGAACCGACGAUAUUGAAAAAAUUACCGGUAGAAACGUCAUCGAACGGAGAAGCAUAA